UCCAUAUUAUUGAAAGUUUUUUUAAUGAAUUUUAACUUAUUUUCAACUUCAAUCGUGUCAAAUAUGUGGAAAUAAAUAAGGUUAAGCAGUAUGGAAUGAUAUAUUACUAGAAAAGUCAUUAGGUUAGGGUUAGGUAAAUGUUUUGCUGUUAGUCGCGAGUCGCCAAAAGAUGAAAGUUGGUCAUCUUCUGUUACGACAGCGACACUCGACUUACGACAGCUUUCGAUGACACGCGCCAGCUCAAUACGCAUGCGCCCGACAUCCGACAGCGACAUACGACUUAUUGUAGAACAGGCUUUACAAUCGAAGUCAACAGAUUUGUUUAACGGAAUUUGACCGCUAAUCUGCUUAAAAGAUGACUAAUGAUGACGCGUUGCGUCCUUGCAAUUGUCAACAGAGUAAUUGGAUGACAAUAACAAGGGGUGAAUUUUGCAAAGAGGAAGAUGUGAAUUGAUACGAUAAACCGCUUGCGUGAUAGAUGCUUCCAAAAGAAAUAACAAUGUCAAAGCAAACGGGAAUAUUGGAAUUGAACAAAUGCAUUUCGUCUCGACUGUGGUACACGUCUUUGAAUAUUUUUCAAAUAAACGACAGCAGCAGCUUUCUGAAAGAGUUUCAUCGUAAUUGUUCAGUUGAUCUGACCGAAUUGGAGGCUGUGGUAGAAAGCUUGAUAUAUUCUCCAAACGAAGAACAAUAUCAAUGGAUCGCUUAUGUAUUGCUGUGGAAACUUAUAGAUAAUAAGUCACCUCCUGUCAAUUGUAAUAUACAUAAUAAUAUUCAAUCGCAACUUGAUUACAUACAGAUGAGAAAUGUUGUGAAACUGUGCGACUAUGUACCAGAUGAUCAGAAAUUGAAAUUAUUAUUUCUUCAAGAUACAAAUAUAGAAGAUAGUACAAAGACAAUAGUGACUUUCUUAAAUAAAAAUAUUUACAUUAAGCCAAAAAUUGUAUGUUGGAUCAUAAACAGAUUAAUCUCAAACACGAGCGCUAUUGAUCUGCAAGAUAUUUAUUUUUCUACUGUAAAAUGGUGCCUAGAACACAUUCCACUCAAGAAACAUUGGUAUUUAAGUCAUGAAGUGUGUAACUCUGAUUUAUCAGAGAACAAUUCAGCUACCGAGUGUGCGCUCAGGAGCAAUGUUUUGCAGACUGUUCUGUGUCUUCUUUCGAAUAUGAACUUUGAUACGGAUACGGAGAUUGAGUUUCUUAAUCAAUUUUAUCCCGUGCUCUUUAAAACUCGUCAUGUCAACGACAUUGAACUUGCAUUAUAUUCUAAGAAAAAUGAGAAACUGUUCGACAGAUGGCUUUCUCUUUGGAACAAAUCGCACGCAUGUUCCGAGAGUGUCGCUACGUUGUCCGCAGCUUACAGAAUCAGUGAAAAUAUGUUCGAAAUGAUAGAAAAUUCAAAGAUAAUUUUGCGCGAACGAGAAUUACUUAAAAGAAUAAGCAAACGGCAAUUACAUUGGUUAAAUGAUAUUUUGGAUAUUUGUCAUAUCUUGGCUGUAAACAGAAAAUACGCUGAAGUGGAGCUAUUGUUAUCGUGUGAUUUGUUAAAACCGUUGUAUCCUGUUUUAUUGUUCAAAGCGUUAAACGAGUGUGCGCAGGAAAAUAUUAAUUCUCCCGAAGACUGUGAUAAUGGAAUUUUGAUCUGUGAAUCUUUUAAAUUUUUAUUAGACAAAUAUUCGUCCUAUUCGCUAAAGGACCGCGAUCUUUUCGAAUUGCAUCUGUUCUUAACAGAGCGCUUUAGAAUCAUAGAAUACAUUUUGCAUUGGAAAAAAAAACAUUUCACGGAAACGAGAUCAGAUCCGAAGAAAUCGACAAAUUCGCGAUCUGACGCGACAGAACAACAAACGACGUCUGUGAAGGGGCUUUUGUCUCUUUUGCAAAAACACAAUACCCUGUUUGUUUUGAAGAUAGCAACAAAUAUUCACAAACAGGAUUGCAGUGCCGUGCAAGAUUUACUGAACAUUGAAGAAUCGCACACUUUUCGAAAAUAUUGUUGCAUAGUAAACGCUUUGAGAUCCAUUUUGUCUUGUGAGUUUUACAACGCAAAAUACGAUCAGAUCGCCGGUUACAUGGUCGAUAUGGCGUCGUAUUUGUUUUCUCUGCCUCCGCUUUCGAAGAUAGAGACGAUCAAAGACGUAUUUUCGUUAUUGUUCUUGCGUUAUGAGGAUUUCAACGCCAAUUCCAAAGACGAGCGCGAUACAUUAUUCGAAAGAACGAACUUCAGCGAGACAGUUGAACACGAAAAGUCAGGUUUCAUAGCUAACAAGUACAUUGUGAGAGACAUGCUGCAUUAUUUGUGGAAAUGUAUUACGGAUGAAGAAGUUGGCGAGGAUAAAGCAUUUUAUAGAGACGCAAUUGGUUUAAUUUCCGUUUUGAAAAACGCUCGAUGGAAACUGACGUUUUAUACGGGAUCUUCUUUCGUCGAGAACGUCGGUGUUCCGCAAGACGAAUCCGACAAUAUUUCCGCGACAAAUAAAUCGGAACCCGUGAUGUCGCAGAGCGGUCCGAACUUUCCGCACCGCAGGAAAAAAGAUACGAUCUUUUACAACGGAUGUAGCACUUCGGACGAGAUUAAAAUUAAAUCCGAAAGUGAUUCGGAAUCUGUUUUGUCGAGCGGCAAUGUUAAGCAGAAAAAACGUUCGAGAGUCGCUACCGCGGAUUCGAGCAGAGAUAAACCGUCGUUCAUGAAUUUGAUGCUUGCCUCGAGGGAAAGUUUGAUUUUGCAUUGUUUGUGGAAAAGCGAUCUCGACAAGGCACAGGGAGUAAUCGAGAUGUUCCACAUGGAAAAUACGCAAUUGGACGGUGAAGUUCAAUUUUCAAAAGGACUUCGCGCGUUUAAACAGGAUAUCCUUCAGUACCUUCGUAAUUCAGAUACAACAGACUCCUCUAAAGAAAGCACAAACAGUUCCAUAUUAGAGAAUGUAAGACUGGCUGCGCAAGAAGGCGUGCAAUCUUCCAAACACAUCAACCAACUGGAGACCUUUCUGGGAACUCAGGAAUCAUAUUUGCAAAUGUUAAACACAGACGUUUUGAGCAACAGAGAAUUAUUGACGUUCAGCGCGCUCGAUUUGAGCACGACUAUGAGCCAGACGUAUCAGAUCUCGAAAAAGUUCUGCAACGUGGCUUUCAUGUACGCGACGUCGUGCGAAAGACUUUACAGUAUUCAAAAAGAACGUUCGAGUUAUCUGAUCGAUAUCGAGGAAUACUCGAGUUUCUUCUUCAAGAUCUGUCAAUUGUUUCACGAUGUUAAAAAUACCGCGUCCGUUACGGAUAUACUGUGUGAUGCCAGAAUUCCAUUGUCCGCGGAAGAUUGGACAGAGAGCAGAGGUGUUUGGUGCGAAUUCGGGACCAACUAUCGCGCGUUUCGCGAUCUCGAGAGACGGGAGACGACGCGAUCUCGCGACAAUAAUUACAGUCUGGGAUUGGAAACGCUCAAAAAGAUGCGCGAUCUUUUUGAUCGCGAACAAAAAUAUCUUCCGAACGUUUUCUCUCAUCUGCUGCUCGUGUGCUCCAUUAUUCCUGAAAAUGCCAACGUAAACACGGUGUCUGACUUAUUGAGAACGCCGUUACAUCGUUAUUUCGGAUAUCAGAUAUUCGAUUUGAAAACCGAGCCGGACAAACUCGAGACAAUCGCGUCCGAUCUUCAAGUGAACUUGAUACACAGUAUUCUCGUGAACGCGUGUCCGAAUAUUUCUUGUCACGCCGAAAGAAGCUACAGUGGCAUCAAGAAUACCGGAUGUAUAAUUCUGAACCAAAACUACAACGAAAACCGUGUAAAAUCAGCCACCGUCAAAGGUGUGAAUCCGAAUCAAUGCGUUACGGAGAUACUGGCCGAACUUUUGCAGAUUUUGCGCGACGUGAGUUCGGGACGAUCUUACUUCGAUAAUUCCUGUUUGAAAGGUAUCUCAGAUCGCGCGGAUGUGCGAGCGGUGCUGAACAAGACGUCGAGCUUCGCCAAUCUCGAUCUCAGCGAACUGUCCGUGGGUGACGAAACCCUGGCAUUUUUCCUCAACGUUUGGAACAUCAUGUUUCUUCACGCGAGUUUGGACGUGUGGUCCAACGAUCCGCCUUUCAACGAUUUGAGACACGCGGUCUCGUUGAUGUCAAUCGGUUACGUCAUUGGCGAUUUGGGUCUGGUAACGCUCGCCGCACUUCGAUCGAAAUUGUUGGGCAAUCUCGCGGACGACUUCAGAUUUUUCACGCGUAUCGAAGAGCUCAACGAGUUGGCGUGGCAGGAUUUGGAUCUCGUACAGAACUCGAGGGUGAUCUUCGCCAUGGCCAACGAGUUUUACGGCACACCCGAGAUUCGUGUGUUCGAGACGCAGAUGUUGGACAAAAACUUGAACGACGCGAUGCGCGAUUACACGUCUCAUUACUCAUCGCUUGAUCAAGGUGUCGAAUCUACGGAUAGUCCGACAACGAGAAAGAGAAUCAGUUUGCCUGAUUUUGUGAGGAGGUACAAGAACGCGUUUUCGCCAGGUGUCGAUAGCGCGACGAACGUCAACGGAGAUGCGUUUCCGAAAAAUGAACUUGAUAUAUUCAAGGAAGAUACAGAUGCGGCAGAACGCGCAUAUAUAUUUAAUUACACGUACGAGAUAAUAUUAAAAUAUUCUGAACACAAUCUGUUUAAUAUCAAAAGUUCGAAUAAGGUGGAAACGUUACUUUGGGAGACUCGAACGUUGAGAUCUAGCUUGGUGCAAUAUCUGGAAAGCCAUUGCUGGCUUCUUUCUUACCUCCUGCAGCGAAUGUACAGCGAGAACUCAAUCAUUUUAGACGUAGACAAUAAUUACGAUAAUGUAAAACGCACCGCCUGUCUGGAGAAUCUCUUAAGUUCCGCGUGGAUCGACAAGUUGAAAUCGUUUUUCAGCGUUAAUCAAACUGUCACCGCUAUUCACGACGCCGUCGUACCCGCCCAGGAAUUGUGGCGUUAUCUUCAAUCCAGAGGAGAGGAUCGUAAUUGGCAGAACUCUUUGGAAAUAAUAAACGCGUUAGCCGACACGGUUACGCAAUACGAUACGGAGCUGCAACGCUUCAAGGAUUUGAUUCUGAGUCACGUGCUCUCCAAUCUAGGCGUUUUAUCUGUCACGAGAAUGCUUCAGUAUCUGUAUCAGAUUAAAGAUAUACAUGUACUUACGCAAACGAUUCUGCACAAUAUCAACAAGUGGCCCAUGAAUGUGUGCGAGCACGCUUUACUUCACGCGUUGCAGCACGAAUUCAAUUACAAACUGCCGGCUCAUUGCAAGCAUCGAAUGAACGGCGUCUUGUGCAGAAUAAUGAUCUUUCACAAAAUGACUCCGUACUGCGUGAGCAAAUCGAACAGCACUUGGUACGACGUAAUGUAUUGCACGGACAAGAUCGAACCGUUUGAGAUAAUCAAGUCUUUGAUCAACGCGGAUCAGUUCGAGUUGUGUUUGGAGUGGCUGGAGUGUCAAGCGUUCUCCUUGGAGAUACAACCCACCGUGAUCCAAGACUUCUUGCUCGGUCUCUUGAGAAAGGAACAACAGGACUUCAAGCAAGCUCUGAAGUUUCUUCAAGCCCUACCGUCGAGUCAGUCGGUGAAGAUAUGCAAAACAGUUCUCAAGAAGUUGGAAUCCAUCAGCGCGUUGCAGUUUGUCGCUAAUUAUUUGCUGGAACAUUGCAAACCGUCGGAGCAAUCCAAGUAUCAGAAAACGUUGAUAGGAUUGGAAAUUUUGGAGAUGUUGGAAAACAAAGACAGAGCUCUGUACAUUCACUUGAUAAAAGAACCGUUGCUGAUGCUGGAGCAAUUGUUGAUGAAUUGUAAAUUUGAGAAUAUUCAAAAGAUUUUAAAUACGUUACACAAGAACUUGCAACACCCCGAUGUGAGCAUCGGCAAUUUUGACAAGAUAAUAAGAUUUUAUGCCAAAAAGUCGUUGGAUUUCCGUGUGUCGCUGCAGCGAGACGGCGUCGAGAGUAGAGUACAAACUCCUUCACAGUCCACAUCGGAAGCCGAAAGUAACGACUUUGUUAUGCCCGUUAACGUGCCGACCAAAGAGGAAUGGGUGCCCAACGAUAGGGCGAAAGAAUGCAGUUGCUGUAAAGCGGUGAUAUUUUCGAUGUUCAACAGACGACAUCACUGUAGACGAUGUGGUCGCGUUGUUUGUGCCGUGUGUUCUCAGCAUCGUAUGCAGGUUGCCGGUUAUCCGAGUUCCGUGCUCGUACGGGUGUGCGACGACUGCAAAUGUCAAACGGUGCUGCAAAUGCGCGCGGCUCAAGACGCACCGUCGACGUCCAGCAGCGAAGUGUUCGAUUAUUGGCGAUUGACCAGGGACGAGAAGCACAAUCGCACCAUAAGAGAAGAAUUCUCGUUCGAACACGCACCCAAUAUUUCGUUGUGUCUCGCUAUUCUUAACUUGCACUCCGAUCACAAAAUAUAUACCAGCUUCCUCUUGGAUCGUUGUGACGAAAUGAAGCAGUUACUCCAACCCGUUAACGGCGGCAGAAUAAAUCCCGAAGUCGAUCAUGCGGUAAUCAUCAAGAUGAUACGUUCUCUGUUGAUCGCGGUUAAAGUGAAGUGCGCAAAGCUCGGUUUCAACACCGGUCUCGCACACUGCGAUCGAUUUCUCUCCCAAGUUGAUCUUAUCGCGACUCUGAUUCAGUCCGAUUGUCUGACUCUCAUACCGACAGACGAUUUGGACGAGCACACGUUGAGGAAGCUGCGCGAUCUUCUCACCGAGAAGGAACAGUGGACGCUGGCGUUGAAUGUCAGCACGAAGGCAGGACUGGAUACGCAGGGUGUGUGGGCCGCGUGGGGAAAGGCAUGUCUGAAGGUGGGAUAUCUGGAUCAGGCUAGAGAGAAGUUUCAUCACUGUCUCGAUAAAAUGGUCUACGAAGAUGUUGACGAUUGGGUCGUGCUGUCUUACAGCAGAGAGCCAAUCGAAAAAAACAACAUCGAAUCGACGACGGAAACGACGACUUCGUCUGUAACAAAGAGAAAGAAAACAUUGGACGAGAGAAAGAGCGAGAGUGACGGUCACUCGAAGAGAAGCGAAUAUUCCAGAUGCCGGCCGUUGAAAGAUCCACCUUUGCUGACAGAAAUUCUACAAAUAUUGGACAAUCUGAGCAUACACCGAUUCCGAGCGCAAAAUUCAUCUCAGUCCAGAUCUGACGCGGCACAAGAGAUUUUACAAACACUCAACAGUCUGAAAGCUGUAACCCAGAAUCAGUUCAACGUCAAACACAUGAUUCCCACCAAUCAAACGAUUUAUUAUCAGGAGAGUUUGUAUUAUCUGUCGACUUACGGAAGCAGUAGUUCAAUCCUGCAGUUUUUCUUGAAGCACAAAGAGUUCGACAAGUGUAUGGCGUAUAUUCUGGAAAACGACUUGGAAUGCGAAUUGUUUCUUAACGCGGUUUAUCUGCACUGUUUGAAAAACGGCGACAUCGAGAGACUUCACGACGCGAUGAAAGCAAAAGAUCCUAGUUUGCUAGCUUGGAGAAAGUACCUGAUAUUUGCCUGUCAUUUCAUGGAGAAGAAACAACACUGGCAUAUUUUGUAUCAAAUACAGCUCUUCAUGAGAGACUGCAUAAGAGCCUCGAUGACCUGCAUCCGUUUUUACACUAACGAGGCGAACACCUAUUCGGAUCUGUACAACAGGAUGCAUCUGUUGCAAGAUGCUCAGAAGCAUUUGGAGUCGGAGUUGCAGAUCGAGAGUUUGAGCAAAAGAAGAAGGAGCGUAAGCUCCAUUCAUAGUGGCCAAGCUGUUCUGACGAUGGAGAUGGAACCGUCGGAGAUAGACAGGCACAUAAACACCAUAUGCAGGCAGACGGAAAUCGCCAAGUUCUUGGCGAACUGCGAAAAAGAAGGGAGAACGACGAGUGAAUUUUUGAAUUUAUUCCCGAACAUCGACAACGAUAACUCGCAGACAGCUCGGGUGCCCACAUUAUUUGGCAAUCAACAAGAGAAGAUACACUUGGCUGUUCUAGCUAUAUUGUGCGGUCGCGAUAUCGGGGAAGGAUUCGGCAUAGCCUUCAGGAUAAUACAAGAUUAUAAUCUACCGCAGCAGAAGAUAUAUUCGUUGGCUGGCCAUGUGUUGGCCUUGAAAAGUGAUCUAACUGCAAUCGAGCAGUUAAUUAAGUGCUGUCGCAGCUCCGGAGUCCCUAACACCCAUGUUGUUUCGGAUCAUGUUUUGACACAUUGCGUGAAAUUGUUGCUAAGCCGCUCAUAUAGCGAACAGAAUCCGGCUCUCAGAAAUCACAUAGAUAUUUUAAUCAGACUGAUAACUGAUACAGAACUCAGAAUAAAUGCGUAUAUUGAAAGCAAGCAGCUAAAAGCUGCAUAUUUGCUUGCCGUUAAACAUUCCAGAACACAAGAUAUAAGAAGAAUUUUAAGAGAGUCAGAUAGACUUGGUCAGAGUGCAAUCAAGAUGAUAUGCUUAAAGUGGCUACAACAAGAACUAAAAGAAUAAAAGCUUCUAGCUCAUAGCUACUUAAGAAAAGCGGAAAAUAUAUUGACGUUUGACACCGGUCUGGAAUGGUUUUCCGUAAUUCAAUUUUUUGAUCGCAUUUAACCUGUUAGAGAGCCGGCAUUUUUCCAUUUGAAAUCCUCAACUUUUUUCACGUAAAAUAUACGCGCAUAUGUAACCAUAUAUUCAAAGCUUUGAUUCGAAAAUGUUUUACGGGUUUGAAUAUCGACGUGUUUCGUGAACAUUUCAAUUUCGCCCACUUCAUCGGGUUCAAACCUGAAAAAAACAAUCUUCGAAUGUUAAUACAACACACCGCAAGAGCAUCAAAUAUCAGAUUAUGUACCAUAUAGUUGGUAAGUCUGUUGCUGGCCCAUAUAUGGGCCAGUCCGGCUCUCUAAAGGUUAAAAAGAAUAACAUUACGUUGUCAUAUAAGAAAUCACUGUUAAGAAAAACAAGUAGAAAGACAUUCACAAAAAGUGAUAGUUCAUGAACUUGAACAAAAUAUAUAAUAAAAUUUUAAAACUGGUAAAAAACAGUAACGUGUAAAGAGUAUCAUAUAUAAAUCAAUUCUGUUCUAGAUGUACAUACAGGACAUCUUAGAUGUAUAAGACAGUUUGAGAAAAACUCAGAAAAUGUGAUGAUACAUAUAUAUAUAUAUAAAUGUAAUCUUAAGUACUAAAGUAGAUAAAUUCCGCUGAAGUUGUUUAAUUCAACUAUUUUUAAAGAAACAUAUUUAUUACACGUAAUAAACGUUUUUUGUACUCUAUACUUACUAAGGUCUGUAAUGCUGUGAUAUAUUUGUUCUUCGAGAAAUAAUAGUUGUAUAUCUAAUACAUCUCUUACGGAUAGAUGCGUGUCCUUAUGUGAAUACAAAGUCUAUAUAUAUAUAUGCGUGUCCUUAUGUGAAUACAAAGUCUAUAUAUUGUGAUCACACUUGUGUGUGAUUGACACAUGUUAAUAUGAAUAUUGAAAUGCAAAGACAAAGGAAUGUAUACAGCGAGACAGUAGUUUCUUCCUAUCCUAAUAAAAAAAAAAAAGAGACU